UAUUGGUUCGCAGACGAGAAAGCGACCAAUCGCUUAAAUGACAGCCCUUCAGCUGUUCGAACGUCACUCCCCCUAGUUAUUUUUCAGCAAAUCCCGGAAGUAUUGUUUUUAAAGGGACAGAAUAAUUUCAUGGGCGAGGGCUUUGGACCAAGAGCUAAGCAGAAAAUAGCAAAGGCCCGUUGGCAGAGGUGCCUAUAGGACGUGGAAAGGAGAAGAAACGCAAUCAAAACAGUUUUGUCGACAUUUGGAAAGUAGGAUCUUGUAUCCUCAUCGGUCAGAGACAUCUUUGUUACACUGUGGGAUUUCAACGCAGACAGUUUGACGUCGAUUACACUGAAGAUCUGGAGAUCCUGUCUGCUGUCUAAAAUAGGAUCAAACUCUUCCUCCAGCUAUGAAAGGAAUGUUAGUUUCCUGACUGCCGCCUGCAGCCCUUGUUAUUGUCAUCGUUAUAUGUGUGCUGUCGGGGAGGAACAGAAGGAAAGGCCUGCACUCCCUCAUUCCAUGCAAGUAACCCUUCAACUCAUCACAGUCUUGAAGCAACAACAAGCACGACUUAAGAGCUCCAACAGAGAGGACGGAGAAACAGACGAGGAGGAAAGGGCAGGAGUUCUUAGAGAGGUUGUGUCUCUGGAAUGCCUGGCUCAGGAUGCAGCCGCUGAGCAGUCCACUCCUUUCAGGAGUCAAGGGGAGGCGUGAUUGGCCGCUGGCCUUAUCUGGGUGGAGCUGUAGGAGGAAUAAUACUUCAUUGGCACGUUCUCCAAGGCCCCUCCCACCUCACUGACGCUCUGCCCUUGGCCCCUGUUAGCUGUCUGUGUAUCUGGGAAUGCUGUUGUUGGAUCAGAGGGGCAGUAUUGGAGAUGGCCCAACUCAGGGGCUAAGGUCAGGGUCAAGAUUCAAGGGUCAACACAACUCAGAAGCUGAAGGGGUGGAAGCCAAGCUGCAGGCACCAACAGACAUAAGCUGUACGCAAGCUGUGGAAAUCAGCUUGUUCUAACUUCACAACUGACCCCUGGAGACUAAAGCUUACCAUCUAUGAGACGGGAAGCUUACUUUCACUUUCACAGCCUUGUUGCACUUGUUUAGACAUUCUAGAACUCUCUGGAGCUUGUGUCUUUAUUAUUUAAUACUGCACAACUUCCCCUGAAACAAUAACCCAGCACACAUAAAGUCACUAUGCGUCACGUCCAUGUAGAACUGGCUCGUAAAGAGCCAGCUGUUGAGCUUCCACCCGAGGACGGGGAUCUACCUCUGCCUAGCACUCGGAGCGAGAGCCCUGAAUCGGAAGUACGGCGAGUCGUUCCCAGACCUUUUGGAGAAGAAGAGAUCAGGCUACAAAAGGUCUACCAGCUAUCCAUUCUCUCCCAAAGAGGUGGUUUUGGUGAAAAUCAAGAGACUCCUCGGCCUAUUCGAGUAGGUAUGAAACGUAGCCUGGAGGGGACGUCGGUACCUGUCACUCACAAGCGUCUUUUCCAACAGGAUGAGGAUGAGGAUGAUGAUGAGUCAAAUGGGGAGGUGUUGUGUGGUUCUGGGGUUAAACCACUUUUUUCCAACUCGUUCCUUGAGCACAGAGACUCAGAAAUCCCUAGGUCGCCUCCCCUUUCCCCUUCGCAUCUACUGAUUCCUGGUCGCCGCCCAGCCCAGCACAACCAUGACAGACCCAUCCCGGAUGCCUUCGCCCCGCUGUCCCCAAAAUCUCCCCCUAUGGUGGACCCACAGGGCCCUCACUCCACCUGGGGCCACUGUGAAGGGAGUCCUCCUACUCUUUCUCCCAGAACCGAGGCCUCCACAGCAGGAAGUGUCCUGGCUGGCUCCAGCGAAGGAGCAAGGGACGAAGGCCAUAAAUCUGUUGACGUCAAGGGCAUGUUGUGCACCACAGAGAGCAGUUGGGCACCUGUCCCAUUUUCAACACCAGCUGAAGCUGUCGAAUGGCGGACAACUUUUGAAUCUUCUCCUCCACCAUCAGAGACAAAGACCUCCUCCUCUUCCUCUUCCUCUAACGGACUGAGCUCUCUUGAGAAAACACCAUUGGAAGCAAAUGGCCUGACAUUAGGAUCCAUUUCCUGCCCAGUGAAGAAAAGACUUCUUUCCUCCAGUGAUACAGGAGAGUCCUGCUCAGAAGAUGAGGGUCCAUCUACAUCAAAACGAAGUCGAUUGGCAAUGCUAGCACCGGGUCUCGGAUUAGCAUCCUGUCGCAGCACUGAUGCCAAGGGUGCACCCUUCUGGAACCAUCUACUACCCUCAGCAAGGGAGCACACCAAGACUGCUACAGACUGUUCACGAUCAGGGAGAAGACUCAAAGUGGGGAGUAGACUCAAAUCUCGACAGUUACGCAGUGGACGUCGAACAGACACCAGUCGCUCCUGUAGUUCAAUUUCCUCUUUAUCCUCCAUUAGCAGAUCUCUUCUUGGAAACUUUGAGGAGUCGAUUCUGAAGGGUCGUUUUACUCCAUCUGGGCGGAUAGAGGGCUUCACAGCAGAGAUUGGGGCUAGCGGCUCCUAUUGCCCGCAGCAUGCCACCUUACCUGUGCAAGUGACGUAUUAUGACACCUCCGAGCACAGCGCCCCUUCUCCCUUCCUGGGGGUGAUCUUGCUAGAACCUCUUGGGAAAAAAGGAUACAGUGUACCCAAAGCAGGGACCAUUCAAGUGACCUUAUUUAACCCUAAUAAGACUGUGGUUAAAAUGUUUUUGGUGACGUAUAAUUUUGGGGACAUGCCCGUUAAUCACAUGACCUUCUUGCGCCAUCGUAUCUUCCUGGUGCCUGUUGAUGAGGCGGAGGGGAAGGAGGGCUCCUUGUCUGACAGGAAGAAGAUUCUCUGCUACUUGAUACACCUCAGAUUCCAGAGUUCCAAAUCUGGAAAAAUCUACUUGCACAAUGAUAUCCGGCUGCUAUUCUCCCGCAAGUCCAUCGAGGUGGACACUGGGAUUCCUUACGAGCUGAAAUCUUUCACCGAGGUGCCAAGAAACCCCAAAUACUCCCCCAGAGUGUGAGAUCAUCAUGCCCUGCAGCAGUGGGGCAGAAGGACUCAAUUAAUUAAGAUUGCAAGAACCUUUACACUUGAACACAUACACACUUGCACUCAUACAUGCAUACACAGACAGAUGUAUGUACAUGCAAACAGAUAUCACACCCUCUCAAGGGCAAACUCUAGAACUGAGUGUGUAACAUGCAUGCCUUGUGACUAAACCGAGUUUUCCUAUAGUGCCGUUAAACAGCUUUGCCCUUCACUCUGCCUGCACCUGCCUACUGUGGACCAGUUGUAACCAUGCCCACCAACCCGAUCUAUUCUAAAAUGUUGGUGACCGUCAGUAGAUACGGCCUUCCUCGAUUAAAGAGGACUGAUUGAAUGAACAAAGAGGUGAUGAAUGAGACCAACAGAAAUGUAUGGAAGCAAAGCAAAUGGAAAAAAGAGACUUCUAAGGCCCAGACUGGAGUUUCAACAAUGUACGCCACCUGUAACUUGCCCAUUGAAGGGGCUAAGAAAUUUCUAGAAAGAAAGACACAAACAGAACAGAGGACUGAAAGUACAUCCAUUUAGUAUCUGCAUUGUGUUCGUAAAGCAUGGGUCGUAAAGAGGAGAAUAGCUCAUUAUUUUGGACAUUUUCUCUUUUUGCAAGGGCAGUUUGGAGGACAUUGCUGUUUCAGCUCCAUCUGAACAGUCCAAAAGCAGAGCAGAAAAAAAAACAAACUGUAGUAUUUAUGUUCACAAAUGUCUUCGAGAGGAAAAAAGAAAAAAAAGAAAAAAGCAAUAUGCUGCACAACUAGCGUGAUUUCAUUUUUGUGGAGGUAAUAGGUGCCCUCUCUGCUAGGAUGGAGGGAAAAGAUUGCCAAGUGAGAGAUGAAGGAGGGAGGAAAAAAGGGUGGGAAUGUGGGGUAUUUAAAAUCAGAAAAUGUUGUUUAUGUAUAUUUUAAAAAUUGAUUAAACUCUGCAACUUGUGGGUGAAACCAGUGUUUGACCGUAAUUUGCCAAGGGAAACUUGAGAAGCAAUGUCAGGGUUUGUUUCUGUAUGUUUUGUGUAUGGUCAAUAAAAUACAUUCACUUACAACGAA